AUGUACUCUGCCUCGAAACAUGCUCUACACGGAUUUUUUGGUUCCUUACGGAGUCAGUUCAUCGCUCUGAAACAGAAUGUUGUCAUCACCAUGUGCACUUUAGGAUAUAUAGGUACAGAAAGUGCCAUAAAGGAACUACAAAACUCUGGAUCCGACAUGAUGUUGAGGAUCGUUAAUCCAGCAUCACCGGAAGACACCGCUCGGGCAAUUGUGGCCGCCAGUGCCAGGAGAGACCAAGAGUUGUAUUACCCCAGUGUUACAGUUAGAGCUACAGUACUAUUACGAAGUUUAUUUCCACAGACCAUUGAUGCCUUUAUGAGGUUUAUUAGUUCUGCUAACCACAAGUGA